AGCUCGUACCCCAUCUGGGAGGAUUUCAGCUCCAAAGCCACCAAACUGCACUCCCAGCUCAGGACCACAGUGCUGGCUGCUGUUGCCUUCCUCGAUGCCUUUCAAAAAGUGGCAGACAUGGCGACCAAUACUCGCGGGGCCACACGUGACAUUGGAUCCGCACUGACCCGAAUGUGUAUGAGACAUCGAAGCAUUGAGAGCAAACUUCGACAUUUCACCAAUGCUCUCAUGGAGAGUCUAAUAACUCCUCUCCAGGAAAGGAUCGAGGACUGGAAGAAAACGGCAAACACACUGGACAAGGAGCAUGCCAGAGAAUACAAGCGAGCUCGUCAUGAGAUCAAAAAGAAAUCUUCUGAUACACUGAAGUUGCAGAAAAAGGCGCGAAAAGGUAAUAUAGAAGUUCUCGGAAAGGGUGAUUUACAGCCCCAGCUGGACCAUGCUCUACAAGAUGUGAACGACAUGUACCUGCUGCUGGAGGAGACGGAGAAGCAGGCUGUGCGCAGGGCGCUUAUCGAGGAGCGCGGGCGCUUCUGUACAUUCAUUGCACUCUUACAGCCUGUGGUGACAGGGGAAAUCCAUCUUCUGGGAGAGGUGACCCACCUGCAAGCAAUCAUUGAUGAUCUGAUGGUGCUGAGCGAUGAGCCACAUAAACUUCCUGCUGCCAGUGAACAGGUCAUUAAGGAUCUGAAGGGAUCAGACUACUCCUGGUCCUAUCAGACUCCUCCAUCUUCUCCCAGCAGCUCGGGAUCUCGCAAGUCCAGCAUGUGCAGCCUCCCACAGACCGCCGGAGGUGGCCAGCGCUUGGUCAGUGCAUCCUCCCAGGAUUCGGGAUGUAGUUCCCAUGAGACCAUCUACUCCAAGCCGCCAUCGCCUAUGCCGUCGGAUAUCACGAGUCAGAAGUCAUCGAGCUCGGCAUCUUCAGAGGCCUCAGAGACAUGUCAGUCCGUCAGUGAGUGUAGCUCACCCACUUCA